AUGGCGUUUCAGGACUACUUCUCGAUCGUGGCGUUCUUCAUUUUCCUGAGAGAGACGCUGGAGGCGGCUGUGAUCAUUGCAGUGCUGCUUCAGGUUAUGAACCGCACCAUGCCGCGCCUCAAGCGCCAAGUGUGGUUUGGCGCGGCCGCCGGCAUUGGUGUCAGCAUCAUUUUCGGUGCCAUCUUUGCGGGCAUCUUCUACGCGGCAAAGACGCUGCUGUUCCAGGGCACAGCCAAGGCCAUCUUCCAGGGCGUCAUCUCCUACGUGGCCGUCAUCCUGAUUAGCUACCUGGCCUUUGCCAUGCUGCGGUUUGCCAAUGUCGAGGAGAAGUACGCGAAGAAGCUCAGCGUCGCCGCCAAGAACGCCGCCGCCAACUCGACCAACCCCGACGGCGCCCGCUCCAAGGGCUACUCCGCAUUCGUCCUCGCCUUCACCGCCGUCCUCCGCGAGGGCAUCGAGGCGGUUAUCUUCCUGGCCGGCGUCGGAAGCCAGACAGGCAUCGCCUCCAUCCCCCUGGCGGCCCUCGCGGGCCUCGUCGUCGGGCUGGCAGUGGGGCUGGCGAUCUACUACUCGGGCCGCGCGAUCAAGGAUCUGAAGAUCUUCUUCGUGAUCUCGACAAUCAUCCUGUUCUUCAUCGCGGCCGGACAGGUGUCGCUGGGCACGCAGAUGCUGUCGCUGGCGGGUGCAUUUGGCCCCUACGCCAUCUGGCAGGACCAGCUGACCUGGCAGUACUACCCCGUGGCCGACCUUACUCACUGCUGCGGCGACGAGCUGACCGCCCCCAACAAGUUCUUCCCCCUCGCGCACGCCGUCGUCGGCUACCAAGCCAAGCCGACGCCCAUCAUCCUGAUCCUCUACUGCACCUACUGGGCAGUCGUCACCGCCGUCGCGUUCUACAAGUGGCGCAACGGCAGCCUCUUCUACUCCAACGCUGAGGCCAAGCGCAAGCGCACCGCCCUCAACCUCGACCGCGCCGCCGCCGCCGCCGCGCGCCGCGCCAAGGCCGCCGAACGCAAGCUCGCGCGUACCGAGGCCGCCGCGGAGAAGGCGCGCGCCGCCGGCGCGCCGGACGCGGCGACGAAGGCCGACGCCGCCGCGGCCGCGCGCGGCGCGCUCGAGGCCGCGCGGGCUGAGGCGGACGCGGCGCGCGCGGCGCAUGCCGAAGAGGUCGCGCGGCUCAAUGCGGAGGACGCGGCGCUGAUGGCGGGGGAGAGCACGAGUGAGGGCAGCGGUGACGACGCGGCGGUUGCUGUGGCCGGUGGCAAGGACGUUGAGAUGGCGGGUGUGAAGGACGCGGAGGUCACCCCGGCCGGUGACGCGGUGACGGGUGACCAGGAGGCGAAAAAGGGCGGCUGGUUUGCCGCCAAGCUGCGCGCGGCCAGGCGCGGCUGA